AAACGUUCCUCCAGUGUUGAUGACGGAAGUUCACCGCGGCGAUUCAACCGACAACGGGAACCCACGUGCACGUUCAAUGGAGUGCAUUUUGAAUACGCCGCAGUGCGUUUAAUGGAGCGCUACGAGUCCCUCGGGCUGGUCGGGGAGGGAAGCUACGGCACCGUGCUCAAGUGCCGCCACCGGGACUCCGGACGCCUCGUCGCCGUCAAGAAGUUCAUGGACUCGGACGACGACACCACGGUGAAGAAGAUCGCCCUGAGGGAGAUCAAGCUGCUGAGGCAACUGCGCCACGAUAACCUGGUGAACCUUCUGGAGGUGUGGAAGCGCCGCCGCCGCUGGUACCUGGUAUUCGAGUUCGUGGAGCGAACCCUUCUGGAUGAUCUGGAGCAGAACCAGGGUGGCCUGGACCUGAACACCGGCCGGCGGUACCUCUACCAGAUCCUCAGGGCGGUGGCCUUCUGCCACCAGCAGAACAUCAUCCACCGUGACAUCAAACCGGAGAACAUACUCAUCUCCCAAAGGGGCGUGGUUAAGGUGUGCGACUUCGGCUUCGCCCGGACUGUGGCGGCGGCGUCCGACGGAGGCGUCUACACCGACUACGUGGCCACUCGCUGGUACAGGGCGCCUGAACUCCUGGUGGGAGACUCCAAGUAUGGCAAGCCGGUAGACGUGUGGGCUGUUGGUUGUCUGUUAUUGGAGAUGUUAACGGGUCAGCCUCUGUUUCCCGGAGACUCUGACCUCGACCAGAUCUACCACAUCGUCAGGUGCUUUGGAAACCUUACAGCUCAUCACCAGGAGUUAUUCCACCGGAAUCCCAUCUUUUCUGGAGUCGGACUGCCUGAACAUUCUGUCAGAGUCCGACUGGAGCAACGAUUCCCUUCAAUCGCACCCGCCGCCCUGGACCUGGGUCAGAGUUGUCUCCAGAUGGAUCCGGAGAGACGAGCUCAAUGUUCAGAACUGCAAGAACAUCCUCUGUUCACAAAAGACUCUUUCCACAUCAGAUUUUUGGACGAGCUGAACGCGAGGAUCCAAAAAGACAACAGACAAAGCUCUACUUUCCCCAAAAUAACCCGAACUCCAAGAUGGAGCGAAGGGGAUCACAAGAAUCGAGGAAGCAAAGACAAAAAGCAACCUGUCGGUGUGGAUCAAAAAGUCAACAAGGAAACAAAAGGAAAGCAACCUUUGAAGCUUUCUAAAACCGUUCGUAACGCUUCGGAACCUUUGAUGCCCACCAAAAAAGACAAAACAGGAGGCCUGAAGACAACCAGUAAUGCAGCAGAGACGACUGUGGCUAUGAAAGGUAAAACUGGAAAGGCCACCCGUGCAGAGCUGAGAAAGCAUUUAGAGAUUUCUAAGUUAACUAAAACCCUUACUUCUGAUUCAUUGGAGGUUGAUGAGACUGCAAACCAUUUGAAAGAAAAUGACACAGUGGCAGCUGAAGCUAAACAUGGCGCAGUCGCUGCACCUGACCCAGGGCCAAACCAUGUGAAAACUGUGGAUGCAAAAGACAGAGACUCCAGUGGUUUGCAUUCUAGUUACUCAGACUACGUUGUGUCAAGAGUGAUUGAGAGACAUGUGACGGGGAUCAGGAGAUCUUCAAAAUCCGAGCCAAUUCAAGACUCUGGGAAGAGCCAGAGCAACUCAAACUCAAAAGUGCCCAAAUUGUCUAAAAGCUCUACCACUGAUCCUCCAAAACCUUCUCUGAAAUCAACUUCUGAUCGUAAAGACACCCACUUAACAGAGAAAGUGGAUAAAAUGUUAUUAAGCAACGACCUCAUUGAGGUUGUUACCCCAACUAUCCCUUCUGUCAGCAAGUCAUUCCAAACAACUAUGCCUUCAGAGCACCGUUUAAACAUGGAGGGGGGACAAAGAGGGACAGCUGAAUCUCCGAAGGUCUUGCCUUCAAACCCCAGACCACAAAAGUCUACCUCAAACUUUGGCCCCAAAAUGACCCAAAACCCCAAAUCCUUGUCCCACAGCCCUUCAGGAUCUCUUACCCCAAUUUCUUCUAGACAGUCCUUAUCAGUUUGCACAGAGGCUAAUCCUGCCCACAGCAGUGUAACACCACCUAAAGGAACAUCAACUUCAUCUUCAAACAGUGCACCCAACAAACCUUUGAGAGGCCUUCUGACAGACAGGGAUCCUACAGAAGGGUCUGUCGCAACCAAAUCUCAGCAGGAUAGUAUUCACACUUUCAUCAAGGACCUGAAGGAAGCUCAAGGAUGCUUGAAGAUGGGCCUGUCGACCAAAACAUCUGCAAACCACACUGAGAUAUCUAAUGUGUCAGGUGGAGAUUACAAAGGGAGUCUUGAGUUCCUGGAGCCUUCCAAGAUCCAUGAGGAUUUUAGUGCUUCUAAAUCCAAGAUCACCUCAACCUCCAUGGCUAAUGAAGUCUCUAAAACCAACUCCUCCAUGGGGACCACUAUUCUGAAGACAUUGAACGUCUCGGACAAAGAGAACAGGGAGGAUUUAGCGGUAAUGAAGCCUUUAGUAAAUCAAACCUCAAAGUUUUCUAGAAACUCAAAUAUUGAGCAAAAGAGCCACAGCAGGAAAGCUGAUCCUGACAUAAAACCCACGAAACCCCCUCACUUCAAAUCUUUGAUCAAAGGCCCUAAAAAGUCAACAAAGUACAAAGCAGCAAUGACCCUAAAAAAAACUACAUUUCCCACAAAAGCAUUAAAGAAAAGAGACAACCCAGAAAGGGACGACAGAACAAACAUACCCACAAUCGCUGAGUCCACUUCAUUCCUCUCCACACCGACCCCAGACGCCAGAGCGCCAGGAAGAAGCUCGCUCUUUCCCAACAAUGCGGACGUCCACGUGAUUGAUUUUGGCGCACAUCCUUCCUCUCCACCACCUCUUCCUCCUCCAUCCUUCACUCGUCCCCUUUUCCCUCCUUCUUCCGCACCCCUCAUACCCUCCUUCUGUGUCAACAGCGAUGAUCUUGUACUCCACUCGGGGACCCACAACUUUUGGCACACGGGGGGCGUUUAUGGCCGUCUGUCGAGCUACGGAACAGGACCUCUGUCUGCACAGGCGCCGGAGAACAGUGCGACCUACGAGCGCCCCUUUCGGCCCGAUAGCUGUAACCGUGGUAACAGCAGAGGCAAUUCAGGAAGCAAGAAGAAGUUGGACAUCCAUUUCCCAGACGUGAGGAGCUCAGUGCUGCCUGAGGUCAGAGGGAGAGAAGGCAAACACAGCAGAAGAACCUCCAAGGAGCAGAGGAAAGAAAAAACACCGGUUCCUCCGUCACAACCCGAGCAGCAGAGACACAACAGUACUGACCCGUAAUACCGUGACAAAAGUCCCUUUAAUAAAACACAACCUCAACAUUUCUAUGAAUGUGCGCCCUGGUAGACUUUAGGUCGAGGUCACGACGCUCUGCCACCUUACAGGUCAUUUGUCAAGCGCUAAAGCAAAUAAUGACGAGAAU